AUGUCUUGCGCGCUAAAAAUGGUAUCUCCCAAAUCCCUCGGUCUCAUAGUUAUCGGUGACGAAAUACUGAAUGGAAAAGCGAAAGAUUCCAAUUCACGACAAGUAUGCCUUACUGCCCCGCUUUUUGGUGUACAACUUCGGAAGAUUUCUGUUAUUCCCGAUGACUCAGAUGCUAUCGCAGAGGAAGUUCGCAACUAUAUGAACCGUUACGACUACGUAAUAACAUCGGGGGGUAUAGGUUCUACUCACGAUGAUGUGACAUAUGAAGGUGUUGCAAAGGCACUAAAUGAAAAGAUUAUCAUUCAUCCAAAGUUCUUACAAACCCUCAGGAGACUAUCAGAACCGAAUAUGAUUUCCUCUUCAGACCCCAUAACCAAACUUGCCAAAAUACCGGAGUCAUCUGAAUUACUAUAUGCAACAGGAAUCCAGAUGGAUAGUGAAAGCUCUUAUCCUAUUGUCAAAGUGAAAAAUAUCUUCAUUUUACCAGGAGUUCCAUGCUUAUUUAAUAUGGCACUAGAGAUAAUUAAGUUAGUCGUAGAAUGUAACCCAUUAAUAUACAGGUGUAUGAAAAAGCUAGGCCAAUCAAUCUAUGAAGCCUGCUCACACUGA